UACGUUGAUCCUUGAUCAAGCACUUGGCGAGCAGAAGGAUUGACCGACUGCAAAACAUGACUGUUUGUCAUUGUAUUGCGUAACUGUAUGUAAUAAGUGUUUGUUUUUCCUGUUUUGAAAAGAAUAUAAGAAUUUAAAGUUCUAACUGGGAGCAAAUUUGUUGAAAAUAGAUAACUUGUACUGCAAAUUUGGAUCAUUGCUGAUGCUCGGUUUAGCAAGUCCUUUAUUUACUAUUGUAAUUUGAAAGCUAUCAAAAUUUAGAUGAUUUUCAUUAGUGAGAACAAGAAAAAACUUAAACAGUUUUCUGGUUGUCCAUAUGAGAAAGGAUCGCCCUGCCAUGCUGAACUUCAUAUAUGAUUUAGUUGAGAAAAUUGGAAACUAUACUUAUUCAUCUUUACACUUGGCAUAUCUUGAGCAAUACAUAGAUAUCCAUUUUGUAUCCUGGCUAAUAUGGCUAUUCACUCCUAUUGUGGUUGCUUUUGUGUUCCCUUUUAUCUUAUUCAUAUUUUUCUUUCUGUCUGCUCUGUUUGUACGUGCGUAUCGGUAUCGGUAUCGAUUGCGUGAAGCAUACAACCGAGAUGUAUGGGAUGGUGCCAGAAACACGUUAGCUACAGCAUGGGAUGCUCUUGGUUGGCUGUGGCAUGGCUAUGAAAUGGUUGGUAUAGAAAACAUUCCAGAUUCUAAAGAAGGUGGUGCAUUACUUAUUUUCUACCAUGGAGCCAUUCCUAUCGACUAUUAUUACAUAUUAGCUAAGACUAUCCUGAUUAAAAAAAGAUGUAUAAGAUCUGUGGGAGAUCAUUUUCUUUUCAAAAUACCAGGUUGGAAUCUAUUAAUGGAUGUGUGCCAUGUAUUUACGGGUUCUUUUCAAGUAUGCGUCCAAUAUUUAAAAGAAGGACAUCUUGUUGCCCUUGCACCUGGUGGAGUUCUUGAAGCUCAGUUUGGUGAUGAAGAAUAUCGCUUAAUAUGGGGCAAAAGAAUUGGUUUUGCAAAAGUAGCUUUAGAGGCACAAGUACCAAUAAUUCCAAUUUUUACACAGAAUUUAAGAGAAGCUUUUAGAUCUGUAAAGACUGGCAGUCGUUGGUUAAGAAAAGUAUAUGAAAAGACUCGUCUGCCUGUGGUUCCAAUUUAUGGUGGAUUUCCUGUAAAAUUAAGAACAUAUGUUGGUCCACCUAUUCCGUAUGAUCCAAAUUUAACUCCCGAAGAAUUAGCUGCAAAGACUGCCCAGGCAAUUGAGAACAUGAUUAAUAUGCAUCAAAGAAUUCCAGGCAGUAUAUUGAUGGCCAUUGUUGACAGAGUUUAUGAAAAGCCAAAACAAAAAAUUGUGUAAAUCUGUGAUGUUCAUAUUGAACAAAGUGUAAAUAUUUUAAAAAUCAUGCUAAAACUUACUUUGCCAUAUACUCAUUUCUAAUAAAUAGGAACAAGAUAUAAAUCUCUUACAUUUUAUAUUAUUCAUGUAUAUUUUAACUUAAAAAAACUGAAAUAGUUUUAUAGUGAGAAAGAAAGUAUGUGUGUUAUAUAAAGAUAGAUUAUGAAUUAUGUGAUAUGAAUUGUGCAUCACAAUUGUUUUGAUGAUGUAAAAUUCAUAUGAAUAGUAUUAUUAUUUUGUGAGAAAUGAUGCAUUUUCUUUAUAUGUAUCUAUUCUUGUACAUUUAUUUAUUUAUUUAUAUUUAAUUCUUCAAGUUACAAUAUUUAUAUUACAUUCUUUGCCAUAUGUACUGAACUAUUACUUAAAUAUGUAUGCUUUUAUAUACAUACAUACACAGCACAUAUCUUUUUAUAAUAUAAUUUUACAGUCAUGUGAUUUUUCGUGGUAUUAGCAUGGUAUUAAGAGUGUUUUAUUUUCCUGCUGCAAAUUUAUUUUGCAAGCCUUAGUAUGCUUAAAGGCAUUUUUCCAAGAACUGAGCAACUGUUUUAUUUUUUGUUUUAUGUUCUAUUAAUGAUUAAUCAAUAUGUGUGAUUUGUGUACCAAAUAUUUUUUGGUUUAAUUGCUUUUGGAAAGUUCGUAUAUAUAAUUCUUGAUAAUAAUGUAUUACUUCCCAAGAAAAUUUGUCACAUGUGAACCCAAAUCUUAUUUUUAUACAAAUUUAUUUCAUUAUUAACUAUAUAUUAAAUUAUGUAUUUUACAGAAUUAAAACUGUGGAUGUAUAAGAAUUUAUGUCAAAAAUAAAAUUGUACUUCUUUGUCACUACUUCUACUUCAUAAUAAAUUAAAAUAGAAGGUAAUUAACUGUGCCAAGUAGAUAUUUUUACUUAGUAAAGGGGAGAAGAUUUUUUAGGAAUAAUUUUGUAUUAUUAUUUUCAUGUAAAUUAAAAUGGUUAAUAUGAGAAUCAUUUCAUGUGAUAUUGUAUAACCUGCAGAAAAAGAUUUUGGAAUCUUCACACAAAUUUUACUGCUUUUUGUAAUAAUUGAUCAUUGGUAUUAAUUCUUAAAUAAAAAUGUAGCAUAUUUAUUUAUAUUUAUGUACACUUUAUUUUAUGGUUUUGUGUUGAUUUUUUUAUUUUCCCAAUGGUUAACUGGAUUAAAUAUAAAUAAAGUUUAGUUAUUUAAUCUCUAAUUAAAUAAACAUAACAUAUAUUUUCAAAAAUGAUUGAAAGAUAUUAGGCCAUAGUAAAGCAAUUCUCUUAAUUUUUGCAGCAUUUUCUAUUUUUGUGAUUUUUUUAAAAAUUAUAGUAAACUUUAUAAUUUUGGAAGUAUGAAAUCUUUCACAUUAAUAUUUUCUAAUGUCAUUAGAGAUUGCACAAUUUUCAUAUUUAUUAUUGUUAAGCUGCUUAAUAUGAGUGAAAAUAAUCAGAGUUUUUAUAGGUUAAUAAUGAUGAAAGAUACGAGAGAAUUAAUUUUUUUUAGAUAUUUGCAAAGUGUAUGUAUAUAUGUUUAUAGUGUUUUGCUUCCUAUAUAUUGAUUUGCCUUACUUUGUAAAAAAUUAGAUCUUGAAAGCUUCUGUGCUAAAAUGAAAUAAUUGUGUAAUUGCAUUAUACAUUUUUUCAUAUGAUAGGUUUGUGUAUAUUGAAGAGCCAAAACUUUGAAAUUAUGUUUAAAAAUUUGCCAUUUUUGAAAUAAAAAUCAAAUGCAGUUACGUUGAAAAAAUCCACUCAGUAAAAAUAUCUGAUAUAUAAGUAACCUUGUUUAUUUAUAAAUAUUGUAAUUUUUCUCAGUUUUAAGAAGCUGUGGAAUAGGUUAUCAUUAAUUUUUUUGUAACUCGGGAUUAAACUAAAUCAUGCUAGCAACCAUCUAGAAAUUAUGUUGUUUUCAUGUUUUUGUAAUCACAAAACUAAAAUUGGGGCUGUGUUAUGUACCUGAAAUUCUUUAUCUUAAAGCAUAAUAUGAUUUUUUUAAAACAACAAAGUUAUUUUAGGUCUUCUUUCCUCUGCCAAUUAAUGAAGGAUUAGUUAUUUCUAGUUUUGAUGUAUAAUUAUUCAUACAGUUAGUGCUAUUAAUAAUAAUUUCAUAAAACAUCGUGUGUAUUUUAGAUUAAAAAAUCAGAAGCAAUGUAAAUUUUUGAAGGGGGAGAAAAAUUUGAAGUUUCCGACAAAUAUUGUGGGCAAAAUAUAAUAAAAAGGCCUAUGCAAUUAUUUUUGCAGUUGAAUUGGGCAAGCUUCCAGCAUUUGAACGUCCUUAGAUCUCAAAAUUCAUAUACAGUCAAAAGUCGUUAAUUCGGACACCCAUAAUUCGGAAUGAUCUAUAAUCCGGACCUCAAAACUAAAAACUUUCUGCGCAUGCGCCGCGUUGACACAUGCGCAUAGGCGUUUACGCGUUGCGCGUAACACCUUUUACGGACUGCGCAUAUGAGUGUGCGCAAGUGCAAAUACGUUUUCACGUGCGCGUUUUAUGUAUAAAUGGACGUAUAAGCUAAAAUUAUCUAAUUAUCUAUUUCAGUUAAUGUGAUGAUUGCG